AACGCUAUGGGUUUAAGUGUUCUGAUGAUAGGCUACGAUGGCGUUUCUCGUCUAACUUGGAUGCGCCACCUGCCCAAGACCUAUCAGUAUUUCACCAAGAACCUGAAGGGAACUGUUCUCGAAGGAUACAACAUCGUUGGUGACGGUACCACACAGGCUUUUCUCCCUAUCCUUACGGGCCUCACUGAAGAAGAGCUUCCGGAAUCCAGGCGCGGAUGGCCUGGCGCUGUGUCUGUUGAUGGAUUCCCAUUUGUUUGGAAGGAUUUCAAAAAGCAUGGCUAUAUCACUCAGUGGGUUGAGGAUGAACCCAACUUGGGGACUUUUCAUUACAGAUUGCUUGGGUUCAAUGAAAUACCUACAGAUCACAACAUGCGUGUAUUCUACUUGAGAAAAAGGGAGAUAUCAAACAUGUUUCAGAGCUUUUGUCUUGGUUCCAUGUCCAACCAUCUAAACCAGUUGAACUGGCUCAAAGAUGCUUUUGUGGCGUACCCAGACAAACCAAAAUUCGUUCUCGGGUUUUAUAACGAAUACAGUCAUAAUGUCGAGUACAGAAUACUGCAAAACGCUGAUGAUGGACUUGUGGAGUUUCUAAAAUUCCUAGAAAAAGAUGGCCAUCUUGACUCAACUGUGCUUAUUUUAAUGUCAGAUCAUGGCGUUCGCUAUGGAAAAUUGCGAGAGACUUUUCAAGGAAAGCUGGAAGAACGCUUACCAUUUUUUUCAUUUCGUUUUCCAGAGAAAUUUCAAAAGCUUUAUCCCGAGGCUUAUAGAAAUUUCGUGACCAAUGCCCAGCGUUUGACAACCCCGUUUGAUAUACAUGCCACAUUUAUAGACAUACUGAAUUAUAAGCAUUCAGAGACUGAGACAGGCGGGAAACUAAAACGCGGCAUCAGUCUUUUUAAAGAAAUUCCCCUUAAUCGGACAUGCGCAGAUGCAGGUGUGGAGCCUCAUUGGUGCGCGUGUCAAGAAUGGGAAAAACUAACCACAAGUGAUCCGGAUGUCAUUGAGGCUGCGCGCGAAGUUGUGACAACGAUAAACACUAUGACCAGUGAGGAGAGGGAUAAAUGUUCAGGUCUGAGUUUAGGACGAGUAAUUUCAGCGAUAAAAAUGUCCCCAGAUAAAGCGAAAGUAUUGACAUUUGAAAAAUCUGCUGAUCAAGAUGGCCGAAUGCCUCAAUUUUCCAUCGAGGAGAGGAUUUUCGCAGAAGAUUGCGUGUUCUAUCAAGUUACCAUAGAAACUCAACCAGGGCUUGGGCGUUUCGAGGCUACGGUUUAUCAAAGCACAAAAGAAAAAACCUUUAAUUGCGCUUAUAGCUCCAUCAGUAGAAUAAACAUGUAUGGCGAGCAACCGCACUGCAUAAUGGAUGAUUUCCCACAUCUCAGACCCUACUGUUACUGCAAAGAGCAGAAAACAUCAAAUAUGAAACUGCGCAGAUAA